CACCGGGAAAACGAACGCUUCUACUUGGACGUCAAGCAGAACGCCAAAGGCCGCUUCUUGAAGAUAGCCGAAGUCGGGGCCGGUGGCAACAAGAGCCGCCUCACGCUGUCUAUGUCGGUGGCGGUCGAGUUCCACGACUACUUGGUGGACUUCAUCGAACACUACGCCCAGUUGGGUCCCAGCAACCCGGGCACGGUGCAGGAUGAGCCGCGGCGGGCCCUGAAAAGCGAGUUCUUAGUGCGGGAGAAUCGGAAGUACUACAUGGACCUGAAAGAGAACCAGCGGGGACGGUUCUUGAGGAUCCGGCAGACCGUGAACAGGGGGCCCGGCUUGGGUCAGACCAUCGCGCUCCCGGCGCAGGGACUUAUAGAGUUCCGCGACGCUUUGGCCAAACUUAUUGACGAUUACGGCGUGGACGAGGAGCCCGCGGAGCUGCCGGAGGGCUCGUCGAUGACUGUGGACAACAAGCGCUUCUUCUUCGACGUGGGCUCCGACAAGUACGGCGUGUUC